UAACCAGAGGACGCGCAGAAGAAAUUUCACACAGCCACUUUCUCUCUACGGACCGAAAAUGGGAGCGUGUUUCAGAGGAUGAGCGCACAAGCCGGAUGUGAAGCGAGAGGUGAUGAGGAGCAGCAAGGUGGUUUAGUCCAUUUAUGCUAUUAAUUUUACGCAUUAGUUUCCUAAAUGCUCGCUGCAAGUGUUGCAGGCCAUCAGCAGUUUGGGUGGAUUAUAGUCUGAGAAAAACAUUUUUUUUUUUUUUUUGUCGUUCAAUAUGAUAAAGAAACUGAAGGAUCUUCACUAGCGGAGGCUGAGGGGGAACCGCAUUCGUGGGACGCGUGAAUUAAACACCCAUUUACACAUUUUCUCCCUUGAUGUCCUCAAACGGAGGCUCGUGGAGAAAACAGCGAUCCGCAGCCGAUGCGUGCGCGCAGGCAGCCCUGGACGUCGGGAAGGUGGUACCCAAGUGUCGCUGCUGUUUUAGUCUGGGCGCAGACUCCGGAGGCGCGUCGCUGCUGAGGGAUGGGCUGCGCUCCCAGUAUCCACGUCUCUCAGAGCGGGGUGAUCUAUUGCCGAGACUCGGACGAGUCCAACUCCCCCCACCAGACCACCACCAUCUCCCAGGGAACCGCAGCCUGCACGCUGCACGGGCUCUUAAUCAAGACCGACGCGGCCGAGACCAUCCCCUCCGUCAUCGCCUACCAGGACCACCGGCACUCUCGCAACAACUCGUGCCGGGAUCGCAAGGAGAACAGCGGAGGAGGACACGUCCGAAUCGAGGCCGAGACGCAGACCAGCCACAGUAGCGUCAAGAUUCAUGGAAAUCUGCUGCCGUCGAUAGUGUGUCUUCAGGGAUGUGCUUUUUGUGAGGUCUCAGCUAAAGAAGAAUGUGUUGGACCUAUGAGACUGACUCAGGAGCCAAUUCAGGUCCUGCUGGUGUUUGCUAAGGAGGACAGCCAGAGUGAUGCCUUCUGGUGGGCCUGCGACCGCGCUGGGUUCGGGUGCAACAUCGCGGGGACACCCGAGUCUGCCGUCGAGUGUUUCCUGGACAAGCACCAUGAGAUUGUAGUAAUCGACGGCCGAAACUCGCACUACUUUGAGCCCGAAGUUGCCUGCCGCAUGAUCCGCGCCACAAAGCCAUCUGAAAACACAGUCAUUCUCGCUGUCGUGUCACAGAAACUGCCUGACCAUGAGGAGCCGUCUGUUCUUCCUCUUCUCAGUGCUGGAUUUAGUAGAAGGUUUGUGGAGAACAGCGGCGUGUUGGCGUGCUACAACGAGCUCAUCCAGAUCGAACACGGAGAGGUGCGCUGCCAGUUCAAACUCAGGGCUUGUAACUCUGUCUUCACUGCUUUGGAGCACUGUCAAGAGGCUGUAGAGAUCACUAGCGAGGACCAUGUAAUACAGUAUGUCAACCCUGCUUUCGAGCGGGUGACGGGUUACAACCAGGGGGAGCUGAUCGGGAAAGAACUGACCGAACUUCCCAAGAGCGACAAGAACCGAGCUGAUCUGCUGGACACGAUCAACACCUGCAUCAAAAAAGGGAAGGAGUGGCAGGGUAUUUACUAUGCCAGAAGGAAGUCGGGUGACAGCAUCCAACAGUACGUGAAGAUCCUGCCCGUCGUUGGUCAAGGAGGGAAAAUCCGACAUUUUGUAGCCAUCAAGAGACCUCAUAACGACAACAAUAAUCAGGUCCUCCGGUUGAACAUGGAAGACCGGUGCAGCGGAGAGCUUUCCCAGUCAGACUACCACUCUCUACGCCACAGGGACAGAAGGAAAGAUUCGAUUGACGCCAGGUCUCUUAGCUCCCGUGGCAGUGACGCUCCGAGUUUACAGAAUCGAAGAUACUCCUCCGUCGCCAGGAUUCAUUCGAUGACUAUCGAGGCUCCGAUCACAAAGGUAAUAAACAUCAUCAACGCAGCCCAGGAGAGCAGUUCGGCAACGGUAGCCGAGGCUCUGGAUCGCGUGUUGGAGAUCCUGAGGACCACUGAGCUCUACUCCCCUCAGCUUGCCUCCAAAGAAGACGACCCCCACACCAACGACCUGGUUGGGGGUCUCAUGAGUGACGGGCUGCGGAGACUCUCUGGGAAUGAAUAUAUUUUCUCCAAGAAUAUGAGCCAGAGUCAGCUGGCCAUCCCUAUCACUCUGAAUGAUGUCCCUCCAUCCAUUGCUGAGAUGCUGAAUGACGAGAAAUGCUGGGAGUUUAACAUCCUGGAGCUGGAGGCAGCGACAAACAAAAGACCGCUGACGUACCUCGGGCUAAAGAUCUUCACGAGUUUCGGCGUGUGCGACUUCCUCAACUGCUCGGAGGCCACGCUGCGCUGUUGGCUGCAGCUCAUCGAGGCCAGCUACCACUCCACCAACUCCUACCACAAUUCCACGCACGCUGCAGACGUGCUGCAUGCCACAGCCUUCUUCCUGCGAAAGGAGAGCGUCAAGAGCAGCCUGGACCAGCUGGACGAGGUGGCGGCAUUGAUAGCAGCUACGGUCCAUGACGUAGACCACCCGGGCAGGACCAACUCCUUCUUGUGCAACGCAGGCAGUGAGCUGGCCAUCCUGUACAACGACACCGCCGUACUGGAAAGCCACCAUGCCGCUCUCGCCUUCCAGCUCACCAACCGUGACAGCAAGGGCAACAUCUUCAAGAACAUCGACAGGAACCAGUUCCGUACCCUGCGGCAGGCCAUCAUCGACAUGGUCCUCGCCACAGAGAUGACCAGACACUUUGAGCAUGUAAGCAAGUUCGUCAACAGCAUCAACAAGCCGAUGGCUGCCAUUGAAGAGACCAGCGCAAGCAGCGGGAACAGCGAGUCAGACGGUCAGGCCACCUUCAGGAACUCUCCAGAGAACCGACUGCUGAUCAAGAGGAUGUUGAUCAAGUGUGCUGAUGUGGUAAACCCCUGCAGGCCGCUUGAGCUCUGCAUCGAGUGGGCCGGGCGGAUCUCUGAGGAGUACUUUGCACAGACGGAUGAGGAGAAGCGACAGGGGCUGCCUGUGGUGAUGCCAGUGUUCGACAGGAACUCCUGCAGCGUGCCUAAGUCUCAGAUCUCCUUCAUUGACUACUUCAUCAAUGACAUGUUUGAUGCCUGGGAUGCCUUUGCCGGCCUGCCCGGCCUGAUGGAGCACCUGUCAGAGAACUACAAGUACUGGAAGACCUUGGACGAGAUGAAGUGCAAGAGCCUGCGUCCUCCCCCUCCAUCUUGAACCCCUCCUCCUCCUCCACCCAUCCAGCAGUCGCAGCAGUGGUCUGCAAAGUGGACAUAGCCCCCGCAGAGGAACAAUCAGCCGUGAUUGGAUGAUUGUUGACCUCCCGGACACGGCUAGAAGACUGAGAGACGUCGGUGACUGAACGGUGACGCUGUCUGUGACUCAGAUCACAGCCCCUUCUGUGCGAGUAUUUAGCUGGAUGUGGUGCUCUUUUAGCGGAGAGCAGGUUGUCGUCUGAAGGCCUGGCCCCACUCCACCCCCCCCUCCCCUCCAGGUAGUAUUCCUUGUAGCAGCUCUGUGUAACUGUGGAUAUUACAGGUCACCUGAGAAUCUGUACCGUUCAGUGUAAACACUCCACAAACCUGCACUUUCUCGACUUUAAGCUCCUUUUUGUUGCUUGUCGCUUCUCACGCUCAAUAACUUACUGUUACUGUUAAUAAUUGUUUCGUUUUUUAUACCUUUCUGUUGUUGCGUAAAGAAAUCUUGAGGAUAAAAAGUGACAAAAGCCAGAUGUUCUAGCUAAAAAUGGAGGAUGUGAGUGGACAUCUUAAAACUGUUGUUAGCGGCUGCACAACACGUUGACUUGCGUGUGGGACCAAAGUUUUUAGUCGCUCGUGUACCCGGUGUAGCCUGGCCACCCCUGGAAAUAGGUCUGGGCCUCUGGUGUAGAAUCAGGCCCCAUCCGGUGCGGACAACUUAAUUCUACGUGUCGAAGGGUGAAAAAAUGAGGAGGGCUGGCCAGGCUGGUAUCUGUCAGCCCUGUAAAGUGGGAGGGAGCUGGAGAUGGUAAAGGAGCAGACCUCCAAGCAGCAGGUCCAGUCCAAACGUGACAACCAAGGGCAGGAUUCUGAGGUCAUCCAGGUGAAAGGAAAUUAAUCCUAAAAAUCUCAGUCCGUGAGCUUCAGUGGCAUUGAUAGCAGCUAGAGCGGAUAGCUUUAAACACUGCAUGAUACAAACGGAGGUGUACGAGAGCUGUUUAGAUAUCAAAUCUUUCAUUUAAAGCUUUUCUGACACAAACUGUAGACACAGAAAACAAGAAACAAACUGUGAGUGUGUGAACAGGCAUAAGGCUGUCCGUGCGUAGCUCCACCGGCCUGGAAAACGUGUACGUGGGUGUGUGCUGGGGUGCUGGGGCUGUUGGACAUCAGACCGGGCUGGGCAGGUCCAGAGCCAUGAUCUGCUCCUCAUGCAAAUCGGCUCUGGCUUCUCUGCAGGCAAAUCUCAUAUCCUGCCAACACAUUUCAGCUUGCAUUGCAGCUUUGGCACUCGAUUAAAAGAAACAAAAACAGAAGAAAAAAAACGUAGAAAAGAAAAGAGAGGCCAUUAGUUCAAGUGUGAUGAUCCUGCCCCCUGGUGGGGAUAAAGAACUAAUGCAGAUUUAAAAGAAAAAAAUGUGACUUACUAUGAGUGGGAAUGUACUUGUGUUUUUUGUUUGUUUGUUUAGAUUUUUUCACUUAUACAAAAAAAAAAGCAAAAAAAAAAAAAAAACAAGACUUUUGCAUCCCAUCAUUUCUCAGGUCACGUUUCAGCUGAAAAGAUUUUGGAAACCACUGAAGCCAGCAGGAGGAUUCUGGUGCUGGUGGCGUUUGAUGGCUAAAACCUUAAAGUGUUGUUGCUGUGGAAUUAUGUCAUGUCACAUUGUACGAACCGGUUCUUGUUCCAUCUCAGUGCUGAAGUUGGUGGAACUGCAGCUCUGUCACAGUAUAAACCAAAGGCACAGCGAGGUCCUUACAGGUGCCUUAAUCCUCGGCCAUCAUUGCAGACACACACACUUUUAUUUUAUUUUAUUAAUGGCUCUUCUUCUUCAAAAAAGUUGAACAACAUGUCAAGCCAUAAUUAGCCGGGUCGGCCAUUACUGUUCUUUUUGUGAUAAUUAGUACAUAGAAAACAGCAUCUAGUAUGCAGCUUUGCAGCAGGAUUUUAGUUGGCGAGUCAACGCCUCUGACACUUUCUGCUAGAUUUUGUAGAACAGAGACUUUUAAGGACAGAAGCUGAAUCAGGUGGUUGAAAUGUUUUCAGUUUAUGUCGUCACUUUAUUAACAAUCUAGGUCUUAAAAACGCCUUAAUCCUGUCGCAUCUCACUUGUUGGUCCAGCUGUUGUUGCGAUUCACUGUAAAAGACCUGGCGUUGUUGUAAAUACGCAGCCUCUGUCAUCUUUGCUUUGCUUUUUAUACAUUUUGCUUCUGUAUCUUUUUGAGUUUUGGAUAUUAAAUGUUGUUGAUUUUCAGAAUUUACAAAAAAAUAAAUAAAUGAAUAAAAAAAAGAAUUAGUCGAGCAGCAGCUCUGAAUGUUUAACGGCUGCUGAUUAGAGGAUAUUUUUGCUAGAGCGUAACAAAGAUUUCUAUUCAUGAAGAGAAUUUAAAAGAUGUGAUCUGAUCCUAAGACCACGCCCUUCCUAUGAACGGUGACGACUGGCACGCCGACGCCCGUUCAGACCAGACGAUGGGCGUCGGGCGGUGAAGGCGUCCGUUUGGUCCAUCAGCGGUUUCAUCCGUGCCAACUCUGUUUUCUAUAAUUUAUUUAAAAAAAAAAAACAAUCAGUAAGAAAUAUACGUGUCAACACUUAUUUUUUAAAGAAAAUCAUCGUUACUGGCUGUGGGAGCGUUUUAUAAAGAUUUUUUUCCUCAAGAGUUUUAAUAGCUUUCAUGCCUCAGUCUCUUUGUUUUCUGCUCCCUCUGCAUUAUAUCUUCUUUUGAUGUUUUCUGUCAGACACAAAAAUGUAUUGUGAGAGACAAAUAAAGUAUAUUUGAAGUAGUUACAUCACAG